AUGAUCCUACUUAUAGACUCGUAUGAUUCAUUCACUAAUAAUCUAGCACACUUGAUCAAAGACGCUACCAAACAAGAAGUAAUUAUUGUUCACAACGACGCAUUUAAGCCAGAUGAGUAUGAAUUAUUUUACACUCAAAUCAAGCAAUUCUUUCAGUAUAUAGUAAUCGGACCUGGCCCAGGCCAUCCAGCUAAUGCACGGGAUGUUGGAAUAAUAAGCUGGUUGCUACAUAGAAUUGCCAAUGAUGAGAUUCAAAUUCCUAUUUUGGGAAUAUGUUUAGGAUUUCAAAGUAUAUGUCAUGAAUUUGGAAACAGAGUUGGCAAGUUGGAUCAGGUUAAACAUGGCCAGAUCUACGAUAUGUCUCCUGUUGGAGAAAAUGAAUUAUUUUUGGAUAUGAGUAAGUUUCCUAGUGUCAGAUAUCACUCCUUAUUUGUUGACAUUGAAACACUCAAUGACGAGAUAGAGCCCCUAGGUUAUUGUUAUGAACGAAAAUGUGAGGGAACCGAUGAUGUUCGCAUUUUAAUGGCAAUAAAGCAUAAGAAUUAUCCAUUUUAUGGUGUGCAGUAUCAUCCUGAAUCCAUCUGCUCAGAGAGUGGGAAGCAAUUGAUUCUCAAUUUUUCAAACAUUGCGAAAGAUGUCAACUCAAAGUGGAGGCAGAACUUGAAUCUGUCAAGAAGUGGCGAUGAAUAUAAAGGCCUUGGUAGUCAUGAAAUACGUGAAUCAAGUUUGGUUGAUGAAAAUGCACUGGUGUCGCCUCUCGACAAUAUCACUUUUGAGAAGAUCGAAUUGGCUGAUAGCAUUUCACCAAUUGAUAUUUGCGAUCACUUCUAUCAAAAAGACAAAGACCCCAAUUUUGUUUUGUUAAAUUCUGCAUCCAUCCCAGGCGAAUGGUCGAUCAUUGGGUUCCCAAUUCCUGGUGAAAGUGACGUGAUCACGCACUCAGUUGAUAAUAUGGACCAAAUCAUGUUGUCAAAGUACAAAUCCGAUAAGAAGGAGCACGUGAACGUGGAUGGGCAUGAUGGUGCUUGGAAGUAUGUUGCAAAUUCGAUGCACAAACGUUAUAUCCCGAGAGAUGAAAUUAAGCUGAAAAUCAUGAAUUAUCAUCAAAGGGAAAUACCAUUCUUUGCUGGAUAUAUGGGAUUAAUUUCAUAUGAAGAAGGACAACACUUGGUAUUUGGAAAGAUCGGACCAAUCUGUGAUAACACACCAGACCUCAAACUUGUAUAUAUUCAAAGGUCUGUAAUUUUUGAUCACAUUACCAAAGAGUGGUUCAUCAUAUCCGUGAACGAUACAUCAAACUGGGCAGCUACAAUGACAAAGACAUUGAACACUGUGGCACCUAUCAAUAUCAACGAUAUUCCAUCUAGUGUCAAAAAUCUUGCAUUGAAAAAGGAUAAUGAUUCCAUUAAGUUUGAGUUGCCGUCGCAGGACGUAUACAAGGAACAGUUUACCAAAUGUCAGGAGUAUUUACACUCUGGUGAUUCGUACGAAUUGUGCUUGACAACCCAGCUGAAGAUAUACCUUCCUUCGUAUAUUCAUGCGUGGGACAUUUACAAAGUGCUCACUCUUCGAAAGAACCCAUCACCCUUCUCUUGCUUUAUUGAAUUUGAUGAUUGCUGCUUACUUUCAUCGUCACCCGAAAGAUUCCUUUCAUGGAAAGAUAACGGUGAUGACAAGAUUGUCGAGUUGAGACCAAUAAAGGGAACUGUGAGAAACACACCUGACGUCGAUAUUGCAAUGGCCACCAAGAUUCUCAAGACACCGAAAGAAAUGGGGGAGAACUUGAUGAUUGUGGACUUGAUAAGACAUGAUUUGUAUCAGUUCACAGAUGACGUUAAAGUUUCACAAUUAAUGGCAGUUGAGGAAUACAAGACCGUUUUCCAAUUGGUCAGCGUUAUACAGGGAAUUCUCGAUAAACGGAAGGGAUUUCAUGGAAUCGAUAUUUUGCAUAGAUCGCUACCACCGGGUUCAAUGACAGGUGCUCCAAAAAAAAGAUCAGUACAAUUGUUGCAGGAUAUUGAGAGCUUGCAGAGUAACUCUAUUCAAGGGGGCCGACGAGGCAUAUACAGUGGUGUUGUAGGUUACUGGUCUAUUACUGAUGAUUCGGACUGGAGCGUCAUCAUCAGAUCUGUCUUUCAUUACAAUCGAGAUUUCGAAAAUACAAAGGAAUCAAAUCUCUGGCGAAUUGGUGCGGGUGGAGCAAUAACAGUUCUAAGUGAUGCAGAUUCAGAAUGGGACGAAAUGAACUUGAAGUUGACCAGUGCUUUACUGGCUUUUAAAUAG